GGUCUGAGACUUAGCAGUUAGCACACCAAACCAGUCGACCGUUUCAUCAAAACUGCUUCCCAUUUCAUUCUUUCAUUCUUUUCCUCAAGUUUUGAAUUUUAUCUCUGAGAACCCAAAUCAGAGACAGAAAGUGAAACCCAGAAAAGAGUAAAGUUCAAAGCUUUUUACUUACAAUGGUCUAUUCACAGAGCUUGUUAGCAAGAAGAGGGCCUUUGGGCGCCAUAUGGGUCGCUGCUUACUGUUUCAAGAAGCUCAAGAAGACCCAGAUCACAGAGACUGACAUUUUGGCCGCUAUUGAUAAAAUUUUAAAGGAUGAAUGGGAUGGUGUCGCAUAUAGAGUACUAGCCUACCUACUUCUGGGUGUUGUUCGAAUAUACUUGAGGAAAGUUGAAUAUCUUUUUGAUGACUGCAAUGAAGUGCUACUAGACAUCAAGAAAUUUGUGUUUAGCACAAAAGACAAUGCACCUGCAGAAAUGCUGUGUGCGGCUGAUCACUCUGUUAUCAUACCGGAUAGGUUUGAGCUUGAUGCCUUUGAUAUGGGGAGCCUUGAAGAUGUCAGUGGUGAACAUUUGGCGUCUCACAAAGAAAUCACGCUUAAAGAAUGUGCAGAGUGGAAUGGAAUAGGACGACUUUCAUCAGAAAUGUAUGAUCAUAUGGAAUUUGGUGCCUGCCACAGUAUUUUCUCAACUUAUUACACCCCAGUCAGAAGUGUACUUUCAUCUCACCUGAUGAACUUUGGUAUGGAGUUAAUAACAUCGAGUAGUGGAGCUAAUGCGGAAGAAAUCAUAGAGCAGCUUCAAUGGCAUAGGUUCUCUCAAGAAGAAUGUGCCGACAUUGAUACAUUUAUUGGCAUUGAGAAAGAGCCUCAAAACCAAGUUAAGCAACAUGGUGAAGAUAAUGAAACCAAUGGAGAGCAGAUAAAGACUCCAGAUAUAGCAGUGCCUGAAGAUGGAAUUCAGGAAGAUGGUCAGAAGACUCAGAAGCAUGAGAUCAUUUAUGGGAAUAAUAUAGAACCUUCCCGCCAUGUGAUAACUGGUGAGGAUCAUCAAAGUGAACGAGAGGAGAUGAUGGAAAUAGACUUGGUGCAACCAGAAAAUCAGAGUUUUCAGAUUACAAAAGAAGAGCAUAGUCUAAGAAACUUAGAAGCUGACAUGGAGAAUAGGAAAAAUGCUACAUUUUCUCAAGAAGAAUCCCUGGACCUUGAUGUGCUUUCUGGGGCCAAGAAACCUCAAGAACUUGUUUGUUCAUAUGGAGAAGAGAAUCAUAAUGAUGAAGAGCCGACUAAGUUACAGGACAUAACACCAGAUACCAUGAAAAAUAUUCCACAAGAAGAUCCAGAUCCCCUUUCAGUUGCAUAUGAUGGCAGUCCUGACACCAAGCAGCCAGAUGCUCUAGGUAUUACUACACCAAAAUUGACGGCUGUUCCCAGACCAGUUUCCAAGAAAUCGGAUCGGUUUUCUAGGAAAAGAAAAUGUGUCUUUGAUGAUAUAGUAGUGCUGCCUAAUGAGGUAAUCAGGCAAAGCAUACAUGAUGCUAGUGAUUUGGUUGCUAAAAGAAAAAAAGUUCCCAAAAAUGCCCAUGCUGUUUGGAAAACUUGUCAAAUUGGAAAUCUUGCCCAGAAUUUCUUGGAGCCAUUGAUAUCUAACAUUUCGCAAGAGCUUAGAUCCCUCUUAUGCAAAAGGAAACUGAGGAAAUUAAAGAUCACUCCAGAGAAGUUAGAUUUGUUGGACUGUCAAAGGACUGGUAUAUCAGAGCAAAUGGAGGUUGUACAUACAGAAACCGUUGAACCUGCAGAAGACUUGGAUGUGUUAGAAUAUCCAUGUACUGUUGGAUUAGAACAAGCAGAAAUUGCACCAGACACACCUGUCCUUCGCUCAAAAUCAAUCAAAUCAUUUCAUAGUCCCAGGAGUCCUGAAGUUCCUGAAGUUCCUGAUAUGGAUCUAGUAAGACCUGAGACAUCUGGAAGGAUAGAAAAAGAACCGUCUAUGGGAGCAGAGCAAACUUUCCCUUCUGGAAGUGUAGAAGAAGUACCACCAUCUCUAGAUAGGGAUGACGAGCAUGACUUCAAUUUUUUGAGUGAGGAAGCUGAAUUUUGCGAAGGAGUUAAUCCUGAACUCGAUGGGUGUUCGGUGAGAACCAGAAAGGUGGCGAGAUACUUGCACAGGCACUUUACAAUUUGCAACAGUCUCCACGUGAACUUGUUGGAGGUUGCAGAACGAAGAACCAAGAAAGAAAGUGCAAGGCUAUUCUAUGAGACACUGGUGAUGAAAACUAGAGGGUUUGUGGAUGUGAAGCAAGCUGAUCCCUAUGGCGACAUUCUAAUCUGGAAACUUCCCAAAUGGGAUCAAAUGUGGGGAGAUGAUACCUCCCAUAGAGUCACUUCUGAAACUAUGUCUCUAUGUCGAUAGCUAGAAUUAGGAACUGCGCGACUGAUAUUCCACAUUGCCACCAUCGUAGACUAGAUCGCAUUAGAGCAAUGUAAAGAGAGCUACAGGGGCUAUAACAGAUCGUUCAUGCCCAGCUUCGACUUAACUAGCUCUGGUUGUAUGGUAGCUAUAGGUUGAGACGGAAUGGAAAUAUACGGUAGGUUAGGUCUGAAAAUGUUAGUACUGCUUCUCUUGUUACCAGAAACGGUGUUAUCAUGUGAUUGAAGUUAUGAAGAUGACAACAUUAAUUA